GAUUUGUAUGACGGAGGAUUUCCCGAGUUUAUCUGUUUGUUAUGAGUGGCGGCGAUUCAUGACCUGCUAGAACUGUCAGAAUUGAUGGCCUUGUGAAGCUCAACACAACCUUGGGGGAGCCUAGCGCCUCUUAUCGUGACUUCUAAAUUUUUGAAAGCGUGUGUGCUCAUGAAGGUCAUUCUCAUCCAUAUUCGGGUCGCAAUCGCUAGAGCGGUGUUGGCUUAAUAUCGCGGAAAUCCAACACAGUUCAUUUCUUAAACCAGGCAAGGUGGACGUUUAAACUCUUCACGAUUCUUCUAGUUUGUGUUGCUAAAGUGGUACAUAAGCUAAUUACAAUGAGUUCUGUAGGCCAAGUGCUAAAAGUGUCCCAAAGUGCGCUCAAACUGAGCGUACGGCCCUUAUCGACGUCGUUUACAAACAGGCAAAAAGAACAUUGUAAAAUCCUUGUUGUUGGAGGAGGAACUGGAGGAUGUUCAGUCGCAGCAAAACUAUCUUCCAAAUUCGGAAAAGGCAAUGUCAUCGUUUUGGAUCCUGCAGAGAGACAUUAUUAUCAACCAAUGUUUACCUUGGUUGGUGGUGGUAUCAAAUCAUUAGGAUCAUCUUACAAAUCCAUGAAAAGUGUUCUACCGAAAAAUGCAAAAUGGAUUCAAGAAAAAGCCAAGGAAUUCCAUCCAGAUAAAAAUACUGUCAUUACUUCUUCUGGCCAAGAAAUAAACUAUGACAUUCUUCUGGUAGCAAUGGGAUUACACUUAAAUUAUGAAAAGAUUCCAGGACUUGUCGAAGCACUAUCAAUUCCUAAUGGAAACGUUGGGUCUAACUACUCCCCGGAUCAUGUGGAUAAAACGUAUUCUGCUCUGAAACGAGUUGACAAAGGAAAUGCAAUUUUCACUAUGCCAACUGGGUCUAUUAAAUGCCCAGGAGCACCUCAAAAAGCUGUUUACAUAUCAGAGGAUUAUUUAAGAAGAACAAACAAAAGAAAGAAUGUAAAUGUGAUAUACAAUACCUCAAUCGCCAAUAUAUUUGGAGUGAAAAAAUAUGCCGAUGCGUUGUGGAAGCUUGUUGAAAAACGAGAUAUCAAAGUUAACCUGAAGACGAAUUUAGUUGAAGUUAAGCCUCAUAAGAAUAUUGCAGUAUUUGCCAAUGUUGAAAAUCCAAACGAUAAAUUUGAAAUCGAGUAUUCAAUGCUCCAUGCAGUUCCACCAAUGUCACCACCAGGUGAGCUGAAGCAAUGCAAAGAGCUCGUAAAUGAACUUGGCUUCGUUGAAGUUAACAAAGACACCAUGCAGCACUUGAAGUAUAGCAAUGUUUUCGCAAUCGGAGACUGUUCUUCCUCGCCGAAUUCUAAAACUGCAGCAGCAGCAGCUGCCCAAAGUCCAAUUGUCUACGACCACAUCCUCGCUACAUUGAACGGCAAACCGCUGAAGGGAGUUUACGAUGGCUACGCUUCCUGUCCACUAGUCACUGGUUAUCAUAAAUGUAUUUUAGCUGAAUUUGACUACAAUCUCCAACCGCUGGAAACCUUCCCCGUGUCUCAGGACAAAGAGAGAUAUUCAAUGUUUAUUAUGAAGAAAGAUUUCAUGCCACCUCUCUAUUGGCAUCUCAUGUUAAAUGGUUACUGGAAUGGACCUGGUAUGAUGAGAAAAGCUAUGUCCAUAUUCAAGUUUGGAAAAUGAAAUCUUAAAUCUUCAGUUUACUUUUAGAUAAAUGUAGUUUAAGCAACAAUGCAAAUCAAAUAAAUAUAUUUUUUUUAUAUUAUUGAAAA